AUGCUGAAUUCUGGUUGUUUUUAUUACCAUCAAGUCUCUUUUCUCUGUGGACUUAUCAAUGAAUGUUAUAUUCAGGGUACAACAUUAGAGCCAGGCUUCACCAAUUAUUUUGAUCCAGGGAUUCACUCACAGCUUCCCAUCUUCAACAUCCAACCUCAAUGCCCUCCAAGAACCACAUUUUCAUUCUCAUUCGGACAAUGUCCACUCAAGUUUCAGAAAGAGGUGAGAUGCGUUCAAAGAUUGAGUCUCUGGCGGAAUAACUCCAUAGAGGUCAAUCAUGAGAUAUUCAAGGGAUAUCAGAAAGGAAAUCAUGAAGAUAUUAUCAAUGAGGUCACCGCAGUUUCUGACUCCAUCUCUCUAUACUUUCACUUGUUGAUUUCGUUAGCAUACGAUUUCUUGGACACGGAUAGGAACAACUUCAAUGUGAGCAUAUGGUAUAACUCUACAUACAAGACCAAGUUACUAGAGAGAUAUGUAAAGCUUGUCCGUGUUCCUCGCUUAGUCAAUUUAGUGUCGAAUGCUUAUCCUCAGUAUUUGCUAGGGCCAGGGACAAAUUCAUUAUUCGAGUUUGUCAAAGAAAUGUCUAAACUAGAAACUACGCUUCAUGUGGACGUGGCGUCUCUUAUUGGCCCCCUUUUCUUUACUUGGGUUAUUCUUCUUUUAUUCCCUUUUUCUGAGUAUGUCAGUCAGGGUAGAAGGGAUGGUAUGAAGUGGAAAGAUUUCAGUGCUAGUGGAAUGGAUGAAGUUUUCUACAUUGUAAUCGUCGAGUGGUUUCUCGCACUCAUUUCAGCAUACUAUCUUGAUCGAGGUUCUUUAUCCGCGAAAGACUCUUUUUUCUUCUUGAAAAACCCUUUCAAUAAAUCUACUUCUCUACAAAGGCCUAGCCUGCAAAAACAGGGCUCUCCGUUUCCAUAG